AUGGACUCCUUCUCUUCAAGAUCCUUCUCCCAAAGAUCCUUCUCCGGCACCCCCAAACGUGAACGAAGCGAACUGGAACCCCGUCCCCGUCCAGCCCCCGAUCGCCCGCAAGCCCGUCACCAGCCCGGCAUCCCCGACCGUCGGAGACCAGGCCUACCCGGCGGCUCCCCACCAUGGAGCCCCAACGCCAUCCCUCCAUCACCAAGUCCCCCCGGGACCGCCACCCACUUCACAUUCUCCUCGCCCCCGAGGAACGCGACGAGGCAAAGAAGCACGUCUCCGCCCGACGCCCAGCACUACCAAUCUACCACCACUACCAACACCCCCGCCGCCGCCGCUGCUGCUGCCGCUGCUGCCGCUCCCGAUGCGCGGCCCCGCCCCUCGCCUCUCCAGUUCAACCCACCCGGCCCGCGUGAUCCGCACCAAGGAUACCACGGCCCCCUCCAUGGACCCCUACACCACGCCGGGCUUCGAGUCCCCUACAACAACCGCACCAACUCGGACAACCUCCUCCUCGCCUCGCCCCCGCCGACUAUCGCACCGCGCCCCCGGGGUACCGCCCCAUCGCCGACCCCUCCGAGAUCCCCUCCCCUCCCCGCACCCACGGGCCGCGUGACCCGCUUCCAGCGCUACUGGAAACCCCACUACAACAUGUUCUUCCUCCUCCUCCGCGUGUGGAUGACGGUCCGCCGCAAGGUCCUCACCGUCGCCGCCGUCGACGGCCUCUUCGCCGCCACCGAGGAUCUCACCGCCCUCUUCAACUUUGAACUCUUCAAGGAGGCCAAGCUCGCCAUGGUCCUCGUCAUCUACGUCUGGCUCACCCCGCUCAUCGUCAUCUUCGCCUCCGAAACCCUCGCCGUCCAGCCCCAGACCAUGACCGAGGAGACCACCUGCCCCUCCGUCCGCUCCCUCAACUUUGGCCAGGAGGACAACAACGACUGGCGCGUCGCCAACUACAUCGACGGCCUGCCCGAGGCCUCCGUCUCCUACUGGAACAUCACCAGCAAGAGCGAGGACGCCACCGACCCGGACGUGUUCGACUACUGGUCCGGCCCCAGCCAGCCCCUCGAGCAGAUCGCCACCCUCGCCGCCUUCCUCGGCGGGCCCGUCGCCCGCGAAGACGCCGCCACCCAGGCCUGCGGCGUGGGCUGGAACUGCACGUUUACCGUCCACUUCGUCGCCCCCGGCUACAAGUGCACCGAGCUCGCCAACGGCGUCGGCUCCGAGGUCAAGAAGCUCGACGGCGGCGAGUACCCGGACCAGCUCAUGGACUCGGGCGACGCCGGCAUCCCCUUCUCCCCGCCCCCUUUUCCCAAGAACCUCGGCGCUUUCCGCACCGAGCCCGUCAUCUGGGUCGGCUACGCCAGCGUCGAGGACCCCACCCAGAAGCAGCCCGAGAGCCAGUCCGACCCGGCCUGGGCCACCGCCUUCACCCCCAAGAUCUUUGCCUGCGAGCACUACGAGACCGAGUACGAGGUCGAGUUCCACUACGUCUCCCUCCAGCAGGAGACCAAGAUCAAGAGCCGGAAAUACCUCAACCGCAUCGUCGACACCGUCUUCCAGCGCGGCGACCCCGCCGACGACGGCACCUACGACAACACCACCGCCGUGCCCGAGGACAACUACGUCCGCCCCUCCGACGGCAUGGCCCGCUACCGCCGCAUCGCCGCCUACCACGCCCUCGGUACCCAGCUCCGCCGCUUCGUCAACGGCACCAUCCACGAGCCCGCCAAGAUCCUCAAGACCAAGGCCUCCCAGACCCGCCUCAUCGACAUCCACAGCUACCUCCCCGCCGGUGACCUCAUGGCCGACAUCGCCAGCUUCUACGAAGACAUCAUCCUCUCCCUCCUCUCCAAGCCCCAGUUCCUCUCCGUCGUGUGGGCUGCCUCCCCGCAGGAGAGCUCCGGCCACCGCAAGGCCGACAAGAGCCCCCAGUACCCCUGCGUCCGCCACCGCACCUCCAACCACUACGUCUACCACGUCGCCGACCUGUGGGCCGUCUACACCAUCGCCAUCUUCCUCGCCCUCGUCGCUACCGCCUUUGGCAUGAUGGCCAUUUGGGAGGAGGGCACCUCCCGCGAUACCCGCUUCAGCUCCGUCGCCGCCGCCACCCGCGGUUCCGCCCUCGAAAAGAUUCCCUUUGGCCCCGAGGGCGAGAUGCGUACCCGCGCUAGACGUAUCAAGAUUGGUUACGGCGUCCUCGAUCGGGGCAACUACGGCUUCGGCGUGGAAGGCGAAGUCCUGCAGGGCGCUGGCAUCCGGAGAUCCGCCCAGACGUUUAGGCUCGUGUAA